AUGCCCCGUUCGUUUUUGGUGAAGAAGAUCAAGCUUGAUGAUUUCUCAUCCACGUCCAACGUGGUCAACUCUAACCACCACCAUCACCACCUGGACGACUCGUUGACUUUUGCACGUUCCAUCACAGACUCGGUGACCAGCCUCGGGGUCCGUCUCAGCGAGAAUGGCUACAUCCAGGAUUACAUCACGCCAUCUGUAUACCAGGGGGAGAAGAAGCUGGAGCACAAGCUGGCGUCGCCGGUGUCGGACCCCCUGUACACGCAGGUGAACAGCGGAGGGGAGGAGUACUGCGACCCUGACCUGGAGCACCCCGACAGCCCACAGUCCGGCAUGACGGCCAGCGGCUUCUACAGUGGCGAAUCGGAGGCCCUGACCGAGGGUUACACCAUGGAUGCCUUCUUCAUCUCUGACGGGCGCUCGAGGAGGAAGGGGGACAGUCAAAGUCGCGAGGGAGGCUCGAGAGGCAGCAGCGCCGCCGCCACCGCCAACGCAGAUACCACCACCACCACCGCACAGGAGAGGGGCGCCACCGUGUCCCGCCACACUUGUAACGAGUGCGGCAAGACAUACGCCACCUCGUCGAACCUCAGCAGACACAAGCAAACGCACCGAAGCCUGGAUAGCAAGAUGGCGCGCAAGUGUCCCACCUGCGACAAGGUAUACGUCUCCAUGCCCGCGCUAGCCAUGCACAUCCUCACUCACGACCUCAAGCACAAGUGCGAUGUGUGCAGCAAGGCCUUCAGCCGGCCCUGGCUCCUCCAGGGCCACAUGCGUUCUCACACGGGAGAGAAGCCCUUCGCCUGCGCCCACUGUGGCAAAGCCUUCGCUGACCGCUCAAACCUCCGCGCCCACAUGCAAACACACUCUGCCUUCAAGCACUACCGAUGCAAGCGCUGCAAUAAGACCUUCGCCCUCAAGUCCUACCUGAACAAGCACUACGAGUCGGCUUGCUUCAAGGGUUCAGCGGACGAAGACGACUCCGGAUCGGAAAACUAA